AUGAACUCUCAAAAUGUCCUACCGGUCUUGCAUGUGUCCAACAACGGUUUCUCAAUUACAGUUGAUCCCCAGCCAUGGCGCCGCCCGCCACUUCAGUCGUUCCCCACGAUUGAGAAUGACGUUGGUGGUUUCUCUCUCUUUGAGUCUCUUCUUCUCGAGCUACAGGGCAUGAUAUUUAAGGAGGCCAUCCCUCGUCACAGAUCACCAGUGGUCGAUUUCUUCUUCGAGAUUAUCAAGAACCCUAGGAGCUUCAUUCUUCAUAUCCAUACCGAGAUACCUAAAGCACAAUACUUGUUUCCGCUUCUGAAUGCAUGCAAAACAUCAAGGAGAGAGGUUUACCGCCAGAUGAAAAAGAUCAAGAUUUCGGGACCGCCAGAGGGUGACGAUGGAGAACCGAUCCAUUAUUCGUGGGAAGCAGCCAACGCAAUCGGGCAUACCUAUAUCGACCCUGUGAGAGACACUCUGAUGCUCAAUAUUCCGGAUCUUAUGAGGCUAUAUCGAUACGGAAGGAGCAUAGAUUUUACAAGAGUCACUCGCAUUGCGCUCACGGCCUUCGGAACGGACGAAGAAGAUACUAUUCCUGAUCCAAAAAGAUACGAGGAUAUUCUUGACCUCGUUAGCCGAGUAUGUCCUGAUAUUAAGGUCUUCCAAAUGGUAACGAUGCUCGCAGCAUCUGAUUAUUGCCGCGAGACCAACUCCGCCAUCGACCUUCGCAUAGUCGACCUCGAUACAGAAAUGUGGUCAACCGACUUCCGGAAUUCGGAUGACGAUAUCGUUAGUUCGGAACAUAGAGCUCGUAUUCGAGAUGUUCUCGAUGGAGCUAAGGUGAUGGGUCUGGGGUUCCCGAAUUAUCUGGCCGAAUUGAAAAGAGUCGGGCGCGAGGAAGAUUUGAAGUUCUGGAAGAACGUGAAGUAUACACCGGCCAUGCAUUGCAGGUUUUAUGACGAUAUUUAUUGGGGAUUGAAGGAGAAAAUGGAGCCUAUGCUUUACUUCUUUGCGUUGGAUGCAUGGCUUCCAGCUCAUGAAGAUGGAACGGUGUUGGAUAAGUACAAAGGGCUGGCACAGAUUUUCGAAGGAGCUCCGUGGUAG